UCCCGUAACGCUGCCGACCUGCCGUGAUAAAAAAGAAAAAAAAAGGCAGCGAGCGAAUCUGCGCCUCCAUUCCCGCGCAGCAAUCUCGUGUUCGUCCGUCGAUUCGCCACGAGAUGAUGAUCCCCUGGGGCGGGGUGGGGUGCUGCCUCAGCGCCGCGGCGCUGUAUCUCCUCGGGAGGAGGAGCGGAAGGGAUGCGGAGGUGCUGCGGUCGGUGGCGAAGGCUGGCAGCAUGAAGGAUUUAGCUGCUAUCUUGGACACUGCAAGUAAAGUCCUGCCACUUGUAGUUGCUGUUUCUGGACGAGUUGGUUCAGACACGCCACUUAUAUGCCAACAAAGUGGCAUGAGAGGUGUGAUCAUUGAGGAAACGGCAGAACAACACUUCCUGAAGCACAACGAUGCUGGAUCCUGGAUUCAAGAUUCUGCAGUGAUGCUUUCUGUUAGCAAAGAGGUUCCAUGGUAUCUGGAUGAUGGUACUGGACGUGUCUAUGUGGUCGGUGCUCAUGCUGCAGCCAGUUUAAUUUUAAGUGUUGCCAGUGAGGUUUUUGAGGAGUCAGGGCGAACACUUGUACGCGGAACUCUAGAUUAUUUACAAGGACUGAAGAUGCUUGGAGUAAAGCGAACUGAAAGGGUUCUUCCAACUGGAACCUCAUUGACGGUUGUUGGUGAGGCCAUUAAAGAUGAUGAUGGAAUUAUUCGAAUUCAGCAGCCGCACAAAGGGCCAUUUUAUGUUUCGCCAAAAAGCAUUGAUCAACUUAUCAUGAAUCUUGGAAAAUGGGCCCAGUUAUACCGGCUUGCUUCCAUGGGCUUUGCAGCAUUUGGUGUCUUCCUUCUUGCAAAGCGUGCACUACAGCAUUUUCUGGAAAGAAAGCACCGGCUUGAACUGCAGAAAAGGGUUCUUCAUGCAGCAGCACAAAGGCAAGCUAGAGAAGCUGAAGGGGCGAAUGGUAAAUCAGACACAGAGCCUAACAGUAAAAAAGAUCAAUUAACGCCGGACAUAUGUGUCAUAUGCCUAGAGCAAGAGUACAAUGCUGUUUUUGUGCCGUGUGGCCACAUGUGUUGCUGUAUGGCCUGCUCUUCACAUUUAACAAACUGCCCACUUUGCCGGAGAAGAAUCGACCAAGUAGUCAGAACUUUCCGCCAUUGACAGUAAUAUAUGAUGCAAAAACUGGCAUCCUACCACCAUGGUGAACUGCUUCUUUCGGAACCAGUUGGUUCUUAAAAUGCUGGCUGCUGUCAGCCAAGGACAUGAACUGCGAUGCUGGGCUGAAGCUGGUUCAAGGAGUUCGCUUUACUAACUGAACAGUGAGUGAUGCAAACUCAUAAUUGGCGGUUAACAUACUCUCCAGAUAGUGUCAAUCGGUGCUCUUGCCUGUAAUGUACGAUCGUGUACAAAAUGUUCUUGUGUAAAUCCGCAUAGACUAACAGCAUCGACAACAUGGAUGCUAGUGAUGUCUGUUGCUGCCCAAUGGACAUUUGCGCAAAGGAAUAAUGAAGUUUCUUCACUUUUGUAAAUGAAUCCAUUUUGCUGAUUAAUGCAAUUGAGACGCCAUCUCUUGAUGGUUUGUGUGCUCAAA